AUGACGAGCGAUCCACGGGGUCCUCUUCGAGUUCUAACCGCCAACAUAGUAUCCGCGGCAGACAUGCCAGCUCUUUCUUAUCCAAGGAUUCCUGGACAAUUUGCCCCAAAAGCUAGUAAACCUGGUGGCCCCGCGGACAGUGUACCCGUCGACGAAACUUUAGUCGAUAACCCUGGGCACGGAGGCGGAGGGAGAGUGCGUGGUUCUUGUCGGCAUCAACCUUGCCUCUGCCUAGUGACGAAAUUGGGCCUUUUUAUCGUGGCGUACAAAGAUACCAGCGAAACGAGGACUGGUGCUAUCAAUGUAGCCGCUGGCAUGAACCAUGCUGAAGUUCUUAACCUCGAACUGAUCGACGGUCUUCUGGAAUCGUGA